AUGAAGGGGAUAGCCGUAGGCGCAGUUGUAGAGGCAGCGUCAGGUGUGGGGGGGAGAGAGGGAGGAGCAGGGCGAAAUGAUGUAGCUGCUACUGGUGUAACAGCGACAACGGUCGGAGUAGCAGCGGUUGCCGGCAAAACAGCUGCAGCUGGGGCCUCCAGGCGCGAUUCUGCUGUUGUGAUAGAUGAGGGAAAAGAACAGGAGGAACAGGAGGAGCGGGAGGAGCGGGAGGGGGAGGAAGCGGAGGAGGAGCAGGAGGAACAGGAGGAGGAGGAGCAGGAGCACGGACAAGGGCAAAGAGCAGGGAGUAAAGGGGCAGGGGAUGGCACGAUGAGGCACGACAAGGCAGGUACUUCUAGAGUGCUGUGGCUGCUGGAUCAGAUGGAAAGGGUGGGGAUAGAGGCGGAUGCGGACACGUACCGUUUGGCCCUGCACGCUUGCUGCCUCGACGACCUCGUGGGCCAUGCUAAGCCCGUGGGCAUGGGCAGUCCUAAGGGUGCAGGGCUCCCACCAGACGCCUUUGCAUGGCGCACGGCGCUCGUAACCUGUGCAAAGGCUAACGAAACUGCUUCCGCUAUCAAAGUUUUCGAGGAUAUGGUGGAGACGGGGGUCCGGGCGAAUGCAGUGGCGUACGGCGCUUUGCUAAGUGCGCUGGAGAAAGGGGAUUUGUUGGAACCAGCGGAGGCGGUGUGGGGGCAUAUGAGGAAGAUGGGUGUUGAGCCGAACAGGCAGGCAUACACUACUAUGAUUGUUGCGCUGGGGAAGAGAGGGGAGUACGGGCGAGCUGCAGCCCUGUUUGAGGAGCUUCAAGGGACGGCUAGCAGUGGCAGCAGCAGCAGCAUCAGUGGUGGGAGCAGCAGUAGCGAGGCUGCUCUGUCCCAGCAGGGGGAAGCAGGGGAGGAGCUGGUUGCUGUUCGGGUGCACAGCAGGCAGGAUGGAACACCAGCACCAGUCGCUGCUCACAGAGAACGCCACCUGGGUGCUGACGUGGCGGCAUUCAAUGCGAUGGUGACGGCUUGUGCACAUGCUGGAGAAGGGCUGAGGGCGCUGGACUGGCUGCAGAAGAUGGAGGUAUCAUCUGCCACUCCACCAAACGCCACCACCUACCAGCAAGCUGCUAUCGCCCUGGCUGAUGCCAGUCACUGGGAGGCCGCCCUGCCCCUUAUUCCACGAGCACGCUCUCGGGGAAUUGAGCCCACACCUUUGAUGUUUGAGGUGGUGCAGCGAGCUUGUGCCGCCAAUGGGGUGGUUUUCGCAUCACAGUUGGCAGUUGUUUCAAACCCUCGCGCAGAUUUGGUUGGCGGUGCGAAGAGUUGA